AUGGGUGACUCGAAAAUGGCAUCUCCUGUGGCCGACGCUGUCGAUGACCAUGCCUCUAGUAUCAUCCGGGUUCAAAAUGAAGAUGAACUGCGUUUGGCGCAGAUGGGCCAUAAACAAGAGCUCAAAAGGCAUUUUUCGGUGUGGAGUCUGAUCGGUCUGGCUGCGAAUUGCACCAUCUCCUGGACUGGUUUGGGACUCGGUUUGAUCACCUCCAUCAAUGCCGGUGGACCUGGAGCUUUAAUCUACGGGUUUAUCCUCGUCUUUAUCCUCCAAUGCUUUUUGGGUGCCUCCUUGGCUGAAUUUGUGUCUGCGUACCCGGUCGAAGGUGGGAUGUACCAUUGGAUUGCUGCCAUCGCCCCGAAACGAUACAACAGCAUUCUCAGCUUCGCGACGGGUUGGAGCACGGUCUUCGGAUGGAUAUUCACAACCGCAUCUACCAAUUUGAUCUACGCGACCAACUUCAUGGCCUUGAUUGCGCUGUACCAGACGGAUCUCGUGAUUCAGCCAUGGAUGACCUUCGUUGCGUACCAGGGCUUCAACAUUUUGACCGGCGGGAUAGUCAUGUUUGGGAAUCGUUAUAUUCCACUUAUCAACAAGUUUUCCCGUGAGUUGAUAUUUGCCUCGUUCCAUACACCUGCCACGCUGACAGUGAAGCAAGUAUGCUAUCUCCAACUGGCCUGGUUCGUCAUCAUGGUCACCGUUGCUGCCGCAGCUCCCAAGCACAACGACAGCACAUUCGUUUUCAAAACGUGGAUUAACAACACCGGCUGGGAGAACAAUGUAAUUUGCUUCAUCACAGGGCUGGUGAACCCACUAUACUCUCUUGGUGGUCUGGAUGGCAUAACGCACAUCACAGAGGAAAUGCCAAACCCUGGACGAAACGCUCCUUUAGCCCUCGCCUGCACGCUCGGCAUCGCCUUCGUGACCGGACUUACUUACCUGCUCAGUCUCAUGUACUCCGUCCAGGACUACUCCAGCCUCGCAUCAACCCAGACAGGCCUCCCGCUGGCAGAGAUCUUCCGCCAAGCGACGCAGACCCGCGGCGGUGCCUUUGCCUUGACCUUUAUGCUGUGGGUGGCCCUGGGCCCAUGCAUGAUCGGCUCUCAGCUAAGUACCGGCCGAGUCUUCUGGGCUUUCGCUCGAGACGGCGGCCUCCCGCUCUCGAGGAUCUGGGCAAAAGUCAGCCCCCGCUUCGAGACCCCGUUCAACGCCCAGCUAUGCGUGGGCGUCAUCACUGCCCUGCUGGGCUGUAUCUAUCUCGGUUCCAGCACCGCCUUCAAUGCCUUGAUGAGCUCGGCAGUGACAAUUAACAAUCUGGCCUACCUCGUCCCCAUCCUCACCAACGUCCUUGUGGGGCGCCGGACGAUGCACCGCGGGCCGUUUUACAUGAGUCAUGUGACCGGUAUGGCCGUGAAUAUUAUUACGGUUGCAUGGCUGGUGUUUGCCAUUGUGUUUUUCUCGUUCCCGUAUUAUAUGCCUGUCACUGGUGAGUUUGAUCUUGUGGAGAAUAAGACGGUGGCGCCAGGGACGCUGACAAGCUGGACAGCGUCGAAUAUGAAUUACACCUGUGCUUGUGUUGGUGGAUUCCUGCUUAUCGAGCUGCUUUGGUGGUUUGUUGCGGGGAAGAAGUACUCGAAGAAUAUGCAGAAGGCUCGCGAGGAGGAGCAGAAUGCCGCUCGUGCUAUGUUGGUUACUACUCACGAGGGAAAGGAGUAG